CCCAUGCAGAAAACCCUUGUAAACGCUAGCCACAUCUCCAUAGUAAUCGCAACAAGCUUCGUGGCCUUCGAGCUCUUAAGCCAAAAUUCACAAAUUCACAAACACAACCUUCGCACGUCUCCAAUUAUAUCACGAAUUUCACGUUCUUUUCUCCCACACAAACUAUACCUCGAACCUCAACGAUGGCGCCCAAAAAGAACGCUGCCGCUGCUGCUCCCGUCGCACCACCCACUACACAAAUCCCAAGCACUACAACUACAAUACCCUCCUCCACACCUGUUAAGAUACCCUCCAGACCCUCUUCGCAAAAUCAAUCACCACAGGAAGUGGCCAUUGGUAUCUGGCAGAACUACCUCGAUAAAACACCACAGAGAACAAAGUUAAUUGAUGUGUUCAUGUCGUUUUUGGUUGUAGUGGGGGUUCUACAAUUUGUCUAUUGUAUUUUGGCUGGCAAUUACGUAGGUACUAUUUUGUAUUUUGGAUAUAUGGGCAUAGAGGAAAUAUGUCGGAAGCAAGCAGCAGGAAUUAUGGUGGUAUAAUGAAGGGAAACUCGUGCUAACAUAACAAUCACAAUAGCCAUUUAACGCUUUUCUUUCUGGAUUCUCGGCAACUGUAGGACAAUUUGUUUUGACGGCUUCAUUACGCAUACAGACGAAUGAGGAUAACAAGGCAGAAUUUAACUCGGUGUCUCCAGAGAGGUACAUAGUUCUCAUUCUUUGAUAAAUUGGAGAGCUGCUAACACCAUACAUAGGGCUUUUGCAGAUUACGUAUUUGGAAGUUUGAUUCUACAUUUCUUUUGUGUCAACUUCAUCAACUAGAUGUGUACAUAUUAGGUAAGGGAGAUGCGAUUGAAGAUGGGAGGACAGACUUUGUGGAGCCUGUAGAAUUACCAAAAGCAGGAGGUGAAAUAUUCCCAUUUUAUGAGCUAAAACGGUUUUAUUC